AGUCGUGCCAUCAGUUGUGCCGAGAAGCCCGCGAGAAAAGUGCUAAGUGCUUCUGUUCGGGAAAGUGCUUCUGGUGGGUUAAGCGUGGGUUCGGCCGUUCAUUUGUCGCUACAGUUUUGUGAAACCUUCCCACUUGUGACGUCCCCCAGCCUGCCGGCCAACGCUCGCAAACCGCGUGUAGCACAAUCAAGCGACGCAGCUCCGAGCACAAACACACAGAGUGUGCCAUAGAAGGGGUAGUGCUAGCAGAAGAGAACGCACCCGCGACCGCUUUCCGGAGAGCGAGCGAGAGCGAGAGAAGCCGGAGCCGGAGAGCACUUGUGGUCCACACCACGUGACCGUUGGACAGAGCAGCAGCAGCAGCAGCGGCAGCAACAGCAGCAGCUGGGAAGCAUUUGAAGAGAGUAAUACCGAGCGAACCCUACACCAUGGCGUUCAGUCUUGCGUUAGCGUUCUGUCAAGGGAGUGCCGCCGUCAAUCGGGGCGUUCUGCUUCGGCCCGGAAGUUUAAGAAUUGGACGCACGGCAUCAACGCUGCACCACCCAAACUGUCCAGCCGCGGCAACAGCAAUAAACCGUGCCAUCACGUACAGUCAGCAAAAGCAACGGCACCGCACAAUGGCAACAACCGCGUGCGCUCAGCAGCAGCAUCAGCGAUGCGUUUCGAUCGACAACAUCAACCCGGCGAUCAAAACGAUGGAGUACGCCGUACGCGGCCCGCUGGUCAUCCGGGCCGGAGUAAUCGAGAAGGAGCUGGAACAGGGUGUGAAAAAACCGUUUAAGGAGGUCAUCCGCGCCAAUAUCGGCGACUGUCACGCGAUGGGUCAGCCACCGAUUACCUUCAUCCGUCAGGUACUGGGACUGGUGUCGUAUCCACCGCUAUUCGAUGAUCCGAACAUCUCGGCCGAUGUGAAGCAGCGGGCCCGUGGAAUCCUGGAUGGGUGCAAAGGAGGGUCGGUCGGUUCGUAUUCAGAUUCGGCCGGUAUCGAGGUGAUCCGGCGGCACGCCGCCGAGUACAUUGAGCGCCGCGAUGGUGGAAUUCCGUCCGACUGGCAGAACAUUAUCCUAUCGGCUGGUGCGUCGGGCGGCAUCAAGGUGCUGAUGUCACUGCUGCGCUGUCCGAUCGAUGGUAAGAAGCCGGGUGUCAUGAUACCGAUCCCGCAGUAUCCACUCUACUCGGCCACGAUCGCCGAGUUCGACAUGGAACAGAUUGGCUACUACCUGGAUGAGUCGAACAAGUGGGGCCUGGACAUUGCCGAACUCGAACGGUCGCUGGCGGAGGCUCGGAAGAUAUCGGCGCCCCGCAUUUUGGUCGUGAUCAAUCCGGGCAACCCGACCGGCCAGGUACUGUCGCGCAGCAAUAUAGAACUGAUUAUAAAGUUUGCGCACCGUGAACGGUUGGUGCUGUUCGCGGACGAGGUGUACCAGGACAAUGUCUACGAAGCCGGCUCGAGUUUCCACUCGUUCAAGAAAGUGAUGACGGAACUGGGCGAACCGUACAGUAAAAUGGAGUUGUGCAGCUUCAUGUCCUGCUCGAAGGGCUACAUGGGCGAGUGCGGCAUCCGCGGUGGGUACGCUGAAAUUGUCAACCUGUGCCCCGACGUACGCACCAUGCUGCUGAAAUGCAUCUCCGCUCAGCUAUGCCCGACCACGGCCGGGCAGGCUGUGAUGGACUGCGUGGUAAACCCGCCGCAACCGGGCGAUCCUUCAUACGCGUUGUUCGCGAAGGAAAAGAAGGCCGUGCUCGAUUCGCUACGGGAGCGAGCGGAGCUUGUCGCGAACACCUUCAACUCGAUCGAGGGCUUUUCGUGCAAUCCAGUGCAGGGCGCGAUGUACGCAUUCCCACAGAUCCGCCUACCGCCGAAGGCGAUCGAAGCAGCCAAGAAGGAGGGCAAACCAGCCGACACGUUCUAUGCAUUCCAGUUGCUCGAAGAAACAGGUAUUUGCAUUGUGCCCGGAUCUGGGUUCGGUCAACGCCCCGGUACAUAUCAUUUCCGCACCACAAUUCUACCGCAGCCGGCAAAACUAAAGGAGAUGCUCGGGCUGUUCAAGUCCUUCCACGAGAAGUUCCUUCAGAAGUACAAGUAAACCGCGUAUGCGCCCACCGGUGGCCCAUUCAUCACAAACAGCCUUCUCAACCCAGACCAACCAUCAUCUGCUUCAGGAGGACGGACGACUUGUGGCGCACAUGGGGAUAGCACGUCGGGUUUAAGCCGGGUCUUAGAAAUAGAACGGUUAACGGCACCGUUGCUCGGAAGAGCCUGGUUGCCUGGAAAACUUUUGGCGCAAUCAAAAUUCGUAGAAUAACGAGAAAGGGAGGCGGCGGCAAGCGCGGUAGGAAAUAUCGAGAUAAUUCCAAAACAACAAUAUUAACUGCAAUAAAAUUGCAUGUUUUUAGUUUUCGUAUUGUAAAUGCAUAGCAAUGGCGUGCCGCACAUCACAUAUUCACGUUGUAAUGCGCCUCUAAGUAACGCUAUGCUAACGAGCGCUUGGCAUUGCUAAAUACUAUUUCAUCACUAUCGCAGUUAAGUUUUGGGAAAAAGGGUAUUCGACCAAUGAAUUAGUUGCGUACUCGACAGAAUAUCAUUUAUUGCGACCAGGCGACAAAGCGCUUAUUGAAUCAAAUCGUUCCCACAUAUUCUCUGAGUGAACGGAAACGUUCCUCACUUUGCAGAGGACUGUUCUUUUAUUUCGGUAUUAUCAAAUACUCACUGUGCACCAGUAGAUGCUAAAGAAAUAUGAUUUGCUGCAAUUAAAAACUUGAAAGAAAAAUCGUGUACUUAAGUUAACAGAGUAGCUUCGCUGUGUGUUUGUUUUUCAUCGAUGGAAAACUAUACUACCUGAUUGUUCACGUGUUCACGUUACAUGAUUAUUGCUAACGAAAUUCAAAACAAACAGCCAAAUCGUUUUGCAGACCAGGCUUGAAAACGGACAUAACAAAGCGAAACCAAAAGACGAAUAAUGCGCAAAGGGACGUUGAUUUCUCGGAUGUUUGAUGUUGUUAUAAGGUAUACAAAAAGCCGUUGUCGAAAGCAAAUAUCAAAGCACAGUAGGGGAAGUGUAAGAUUUAACUGUAGCGCAGUUGUACGAUUGAAUGUGGUAGGAUGUGCGUGGGAGAGGGUGAGUAACCAUACGUCGUACAUAUGCAAAAGUAAUACUACCACUACAUAUAUUGCUUCGGGUAGUUCACGUGCGUGCCACAUCUUUCGAAGCAUGUCGUCAUAAUUGUUGAAGUUGAAGAUGAUAACGAUGAUGAUGAGUAUGCUACAGCGAUAAGUCGGAGGAUGUUGAAUGAAAAUCGAACGCUUGAGGAAGAAAUAAUUGGUUAACUAGUAUUGGCCCAUUGGCACUCGAAUUGAAGCCGGAGCGAAAAAUGACAAUAAUUUUUUACUUAUCAACGAUAGCGUGUACGGUUUUUUUUUCGUUUGUUAGAAAGGUCUAUCGACGAACAGCAAUAAAGAACGAAUGUCAACUGAACUAAUGCACUAGAUACGCAUAUGAUCGUCCGUAAGGCUGAAAAGCUAAAAUUGUUCGUUUAUUAAAGGGAUUUCGAAUCGAAUGUUGGUUGAUCACAAGAAGCCGGUUGUUUACCGGAUUGAUGUGCUAAAGGUUGCUAUAUUUUGUUCCGUUGUUUGAACUUCCCAAACGCAAUUUUAAACCAGCUCAUAAAAGUCGUUGUAAGCAUCAUACCAUCUGCCAUCAUCAACAAUUCAUGCAAAGAAAUGAAUCGACCCAAUUCAACUAGUUUACCAUCGAGAAUCCGUCAGUCACAAACACAGAUUUUAAUAUAACUGUGGUUCGUCCCGUGCAUUAUAACAAAAACUUGUUUCAAUAAAACGAAGUGU